UCUUAUGCGCGAGGCAUACUGCAUCGGUCCAUUCUCCUAGUCACCAUGAGCGGCAGGCUCGUCGCGAACCGCCUGGCUACGUUCGCGCGCCGAACGCCUCUGCACACGCCCCGACAGUACACGACCAACACGCUCCCCGCCGGAGGUCUGCUACGAAACGAAGCUGGCCUUCGACUGAUCAAACGCCGCCCCUGGCCGCUUGGAAGCUAUGCCCUGCAUAACUUGCCUGCAACGAGAUCCAUCUCGUUCGCGAGAAUCAUACCAAAACUUGUCGGCAAAUUUGCGACAGUAGGAGCCGCCACUGGGGGCGCCGUGAUUGCCGGCGUUUCCUACAUACAGUACCAGGCCGGCCAGGCCGGAACAUUUGCCCUUGAUCUCUUCCACCGAACCAAAGACAGCGCCACCGAACUGGCGGGCGGCGUAGUUGGCACAGCGAACGGCGUCUUCGACCAACUUGGAAAAGGAUGGAACCAGACGAAGGAAGACUUGGACAAAGUACAAUACCCGGAAUGGCUUCAACGACUGCUCGCCAAGGAUGAGUCUGGUGGCUCGAGCGGCAAUGGUGGACGCGGAGGGCCAGAAGAGCCGAAGCACAGCGGUGUGGGUACAGCAGCGGCAGGUGCAUCAACGGCCGCAGCUUUUGGAUAUCCGCAGGAGGAUGAGGAGGACAAACAGGAGGCAGAAAAGAUCGCCCGGGAUGAGCAGAUGAUGAUGCUCACCAAGAAGAUGAUUGAGAUUCGUGGACUGCUGCAGACGGUUGGGCAGUCCGACACACUCACUCUGCCAUCUAUUGUCGUCAUCGGAUCGCAGUCCUCGGGAAAGAGCUCGGUAUUGGAGGCUAUCGUUGGGCACGAGUUCUUGCCCAAGGGGCACAAUAUGGUCACUCGCCGACCCAUCGAGCUUACUCUGGUCAACACUCCGGAUGCACAGGCUGAAUACGGAGAGUUUCCAGCCCUCAGACUAGGCAAAGUCACGGAUUUCAACCAGAUCCAGAAAACGCUCACGGACCUGAACCUUGCUGUACCCGCAUCGGAUUGUGUUUCAGACGAUCCUAUUCAGUUGCGGAUAUAUUCACCCAACGUCCCUGACCUGCAAUUGAUCGAUCUGCCCGGAUACAUUCAGGUAGUUGGACGCGAUCAGCCACCAGAGCUAAAAGAGAAGAUAUCGGCGCUGUGUGAAAAGUACAUCCGAUCACCAAACGUCAUUUUAGCCAUUUCAGCGGCAGACGUCGACUUAGCCAACAGUACCGCGCUUCGAGCAUCAAGAAAGGUCGAUCCGCGGGGCGAGCGGACGAUCGGUGUCAUCACAAAGAUGGACCUUGUGGACGCUGAGCGUGGUGCCAGUCUGCUCACCGACAAAAAGUACGCUUUGCGAUUAGGAUACGUUGGCGUUGUGUGUCGUGUUCCUGCCAAUGCUGGAGGUAAUAAGCUUUUCACGCGCGGCAACGGCAACAUCACAAAUGCCAUCAACAAGAAUGAGGCUGCGUACUUCUCCUCGCACCCCGAGUUCUCCCCAGAUUCCCAACUAGCUGUUGGUACCAAAAACCUAAAAAAGAAGCUCAUGCAUGUCUUAGAGCAAACUAUGGCUGGUAGUCUCAAGACCACAAGCGAGGCCAUCCAACGCGAACUUGCCGAUGCAACCUACGAGUACAAAGUGCAGUACAACGAGCGCCCUCUGAGCGCAGAGUCUUAUCUCGCAGAAUCUCUAGACUCGUUCAAACAUUCCUUCCGUGGCUUUUCAGAGCAGUUCGGUCGACAACAAGUCCGCGAUCUACUAAAGCACGAGCUUGAUCAGCAAGUGUUGAACCUUUUGGCACAGCGGUAUUGGAACCGUCCUUUCGAUGAUCUCAGCGUCCCCUUUCCUGAUGCUGAUCCAUUGAGCAGCCUUGCUAAAGCUGAUGUGGAAGGUGAGGACAACAUUUGGAAAAUCAAGCUUGACAGCUCGAGUGCUGCGUUGACCAAGCUUGGUGUCGGACGUGUGGCUACGAGCGUAGUUGCCAACGCUCUGCAAGCCCAUAUUGACCGUCUGAUUACCAACUCGCGGUUUGCCGCACAUCCUUUUGCACGACAAGCUAUCACUGAUGCGUCCACGUCAAUACUGAAAGAUUUGUCGUACGACAUCUCGGACGAGCUCGAGAUUUGCAUCAAGCCCUACAAAUACCGCAUCGAGGUGGAAGACAGCGAGUGGGCGAAAGGACGAGAGAACGUCACGACAGUUCUGAAGGACGAGCUCAAGGUCUGCGAGUCUGCGGUGAAGCACCUCGAAGACCAAAUGGGCGGACGUAAGAGGGUCAAGGACGUCAUGUCAUUCAUCGAUCGUGUACGUAGUGGCCAGGUGGUUUUAGAGGGCGACGGUGUCGGCGGUGCUGGGGGUUUCAGUGCGGCAUUGUUGGCAAAAGGACGUGAAGCGGUAUUUCUCCGCGAUCGAGUGGACGUUCUCAAGCUACGUCUCCUUGCUGUAAAGAGCAAGCAGUGCGCCACGAAGAAGAACAAGUACCACUGCCCUGAAGUAUUCCUCGACGCUGUAGCGGAUAAGCUCACUACGACGGCCGAUCUCUUCCUGGAUGCUGAGUUACUUUCAAAGUUCUAUUACAUUUUCCCACGUGAGCUGGAUGCACGCCUUGGCCGUGGCCUUACACAAGAAGAGAUCGAUCGCUUUGCCAAGGAGGACCCGAAGAUCAAGCGUCAUCUUGACGUAGUGCGCCGCAAGGAAUUGUUGGAGCACGUUCUCAAGGAGAUGGAGGGUUUACGCCAGCUCGAGCAAAGAGAGAAGCGCAUGAUGUCGCGGCGUGAAGAGAGAGCCUUACGGGAACGGGAUGGUGGUGGACGAAAAGCAGGAUGGAGCCUUUUCUAG